AUGCUGCGCUGGCUCCUCGUUCAGAACCGACAGGGCAAGUCGCGCCUGUCCAAGUUCUAUGUGCCGCUCGACGACGACGAAAAGGUGCGCCUCAAGGGCGAGGUGCACCGGCUCGUGGCGCCGCGCGACCAAAAGUACCAGAGCAACUUUGUAGAGUACCGAAACUACAAGGUUGUCUAUCGUCGGUAUGCCGGCCUCUUCUUUUGCGUCUGCAUCGAUGCAAAUGACAACGAGCUCGCCUACCUCGAGGCGAUUCACCUGUUCGUAGAGGUUCUCGACGCAUUCUUUGGCAACGUCUGCGAGCUCGACCUCGUCUUCAACUUCUACAAGGUCUACGCCAUCCUCGACGAGAUCUUCCUGGCGGGCGAAAUCGAAGAGACGAGCAAGCUCGUUGUCCUCAGUCGGCUCGACCAGCUCGAACGGCUAGAGUAGCAAGCAAGCAAGCAAGCAAGCAAGCAGACUAGCGAACGAAGGAGCGAGCAGAUUGAAAGGAAACUAGGUCAAUUGUAAUUUUAUUUCUCUUUGGACAGGCUCAUUCAGCUGGACGACUUCAUAGGCUGCACUGUCGGUCAGGCUCCUCGCGCCGUUCCUCCAGGCAUCGACCGUCUCGCCGAGAUGGUCCAUGUCGAGGUGCGGGCGGAAGGUGUAGAGAGGAGAGAAGGGCAAGUCGUCCUUGUUGAGUGUGACGACGGCCCAGGUGGGCGCAAAGAGGAGUCGAAGGGUAUCAUUGGUCGGUGGUGUAUGCGAGAGAGCGGAGGCCAUGGUGCUGGCCGUCGCGCUGCCGUGGUCCUGGACGGUCGCGUGGGAAUGCGGUGGCAAAAGGAGAUGACGGGGCGGCAUGAAGCUCCUCCAGAAGUGGAGCUCGACGGGACGCUGAUGGUCGUGUAAAAGGUCUUGAUUG